CCUACCUACCUGCUUACUAAAUCUAAAAACUGGAGCACCUAAACGAAAUACAAUACGAAAACAAUUGCUCGUUACACCUACUCAAAUAGAAAUUAAAAUACCAACAGCUUAUUAGCAAUGGCGUUACUUUUAAUUUUAUUUAGCUGUUUCAUUGUGACGUUUAUAAGCGUUUUAGCGCACCAGGAGCAGUUGGUGACAACUGAUGUGUCCAGGAUGUCAGAUGAUAUGGAAGAAGAGCAAAUACUCCGACGACAUAGUCACAAAAGGGAAUGGCAAUACGAAGGAAUCCCUAUAGAAUUGCCUCGCAGAAGAAAUAUUGACGAGAGAACCCCUGGCACGCCAAAGACUACCUUGGAGCAACCGCUAGACCACCGCUUCCGUCGAAUUUACAAUGCGGACGAAGUGGCUAAUAUUGAGGACUACCCGUUUCUCGCUGCUCUAUUGGUGAACAACCAGCUGUGGUGCGGCGGCGCUAUCAUCGACUCGGACAAGAUUUUAACGGCUGCACACUGUUUACAGCUGCAAUAUAAUAACAGAUUCUUCCGAGAAUACGUCAAAAUGUUAACUGUCCGAAUCGGCUCCUCCAACGCGACCGCCGGUGGCGAGGUUUACAAAGUUACAGAGAUCUUCUUCCAUCCCAACUAUAAACCAAAUACUCUGGAAUUCAAUUUUGCAGUCUUGCGAUUGCAUAAAAAUAUAUCGUAUGAAAAAGACGAUAUAAGAGUAGAGAAGAUAGAUUAUUCCAAGGACAAAAAUGUGCCAACUGAUAGCCAUAUUACAUUUCUUGGAUGGGGUUCAGUUUUAACUUCAGGUGGUUUAGGCGGUCAAGUACUCCUCCAAAAGUUGGAUCUGCCUAUCUACGACCUUGCAGAUUGCCAGGAAGUUUACGGACGAAAUCUUGUCACACGAACUAACUUCUGUGCAGGGUACAUAACACUCGCCAAGAAUGUUUGUAACCACGACGCAGGUGGGCCGGCUAUUAUGGACGGCCGCUUAGUCGGCAUUCUGUCGUUCUCCUCAAAGCGCUGCGACCAGCCGGACCAGCCAGCCGUGUUCUCUUCCGUUGGAGCGAUCGCACCGUGGCUGGAUACGCUUGGCGAAAAGAAGUUUUCGCUCACGAACUCCAUCAUAAAAAGCCCUGAUUGGAUCUCUAAAGUGGAAUAAAACAACAAUAUUACAUUAGCAAUAUAUUUCCUCUAAUACUGUACACCACAAUGAUACGUAACAAGAAAAAAACAUUUCAAUCUUCUUUUUAAAACUUCAUAUAUUUCUACUCAACAUACAACAUGAAUAACAUACAAUUUUAAAAUACAAGUUUUUUUGUGUGUUCUUAAACGGAUCCCCACGUUUUUUCUUGGAAUGAUAUCGAGCUGAUUUCGAUUUGAUAAGUUAACAUUGGUUAAUAAUAUUAAAAAUGGCAAUUUAA